UUCAUAAUCCCACAGAGCCAAUUCCAAAUACAAUUAAAUACAUAAAUAAAUAAAUUGAGCUCCUAAUCGGGGUUUCUUUUAAAAUUUAUUUAUUUGUUUAAUCUACUUGGAAAACAACAUAUAAUAUUUAGUAAUAACAUGGGGAUGUCUAAAAGUGUCAAGAUUAUUCUAUCACUCGUUCUUGUAGUGUUCUUGGCUCUUGCAGCGACCAAGACUGAGGCAAAAGUCAUAGAUUACCGUGGUCUUUCUCGCGGUGAUCACAGUAGGAAUUGUGAUCGAGCGAACCCUGCCUCAUGCAAGAAGCAAGAAGCGAAUCCUUACAGGAGAGGAUGCGAAACGACCCUACAUUGCCGUGGUGGCACUCCAGACAACCCAAAGCGUUAAAUCAACCAACCAAUCCAAGCACACAAAAUAUACAUCAAUACUAGUUUCCUAUUUAUUAAGAAUGUGUUGACAGGCUUCUGAUUCGAGUACCACUCUUGGUUAUCUGUAUACACACAUACAAUACAUCCUCAUAUUUAUAUGUUAAUGAGAUUAUUUAUAGUAUAUUUUUUGGGCUUUGUAAUUGAUUGUAACCAGAUGUUAUGAUCGAUCAUAUAUAAAUAUAUUUCAGUUAUUAUCCGGUA